AUCACUAUCUCUGCUAUAUCCUAUGAGUCAAACAAUGUCUAAUACUAUCAUUGAAGAGGGUGACCCAUCCCUAAUGUUUACCCAAGGCUCAUUGCCUGCUGAAGACUCUCAGUUCUCCUAUGGCACUAGAGAGGACUUGUCUACUGUACCCCUUUCUCUACAAUAUGACACUUAUACUUACAAGCCUAGAUUGCCCUACAGAUCCCUGGACUCUGUCACACUAGAGGGACAGGCAAAGAAGGAAGUUGUUGUGUGUUCAGAGUUGCUUAUCAAAGAUGCUGUAGCCAACAUGAACAAUUCCAAGGCACUGUUGGCAGCUUCAAAAGCAUUGUUUGAGGCUUUCAAGGAAAGCACUUAUAAAAUGUCUAAGGCUAUCAAGGAAAGUGCUUAUGAAGCAGAGUGCCAGAGGGAGAAGCUGGAUGUGCUUUUAUCAGAAUUGGAUACAGUGAAACUUCAUGUUGAGUAUUCCAUCAGCUUGUUGAAGCCAGAGAGGUCAGACUUCCUUAACAUUGACUUUGACAAGGUCAAGAGGGACAAGGCUUUGAAUCUUGAGAUGGUCCUAAAGAAGAAAAGUAUUGUAGUCAAGGGGAACCAGGAGGAAGUCAAUACUACAAAACUUACAUUCUCAGAGUUCACAAGCUGCUUCCUCCAGGCUUAUGAUUGUACAAAGGACCUGUUCAAAGUCACUAAAGAGGAAUUUGUUCCACACAAGCUUCUUCCUAAUAUGACAGUGGAAGAGUGUAGUACUGGCCUGGAAGGCAUGAUUAGGGCCCACAAACAGUUCAUUAUAGAGUUCUGUGAAGAAGUUGUGAGGUCCAAGAAGCAAAAGGGCCUAGAUGAAGGCUAUACACACAGGGAAGGCUCUAAUACAUCCAGCAAUAAUAUGAGUAAAAGGUAUUGUCUGUUCAGCCCCUUGAAGAAAGCCUGGAAUAGACUUAAAGUAACAGAAAAGAAGAAGGAUGUAAAGACCAAGUUCAGUAAACAGACAGUAAUACAGUUCUUAGUGGACAAGCUAAAGGCUUUUAAGGAAGCACAAGUGAGAUACAUAACAAUUGGUUGUGCUACUACAGUCCUUCUAAACAACAACUUGCUCAAACUCUGUGUCAAUACUGAUAGAGAAUUCUGUGUGAUAAUGAAUCAAUACAUUCAUAGCAAAAAGUCCAUCAAUGCUGAUAUCAAAAAAGCUGUUAAGAAUCCUAACACUCAGUACAAGCACAAUGACUCUUGUUUCAAGAGGGCACCAAUCACAAUAAGGGAUGACAGAACAAUGUCAGCCCAGCCCAAUCCCAGCUGUAUGUCUUUACCAAGCUCUGGACAAUCACAGGCUAUUUCUGCAGGAAAUCAAUAUUCCCAGCCAUCUGCCCAUUUGCUACAAACAAUACAACAGCCUGUAGUAGGAGGAAACCAAUACUGUUCUGAGACAAUUCAAGUUUCAGCAAUGUACAAUUUGCCCACCUGUGGCUCAUAUGCUUCCCAAGUUGGUUUAAGUAGCAGGCUGAGUAGCAAGGCCUUGCAAGGCAGUGGCAACUUGCAGUUCAAGGUAAGAAGUUCAUUUGAAUUGAUGUCUUGUUGCCUUCAUAUGAUAGUUUGCCAUACAUGUAUCUUGAAUAUGUUUUGUUAUACUUUGUAAACC